AUGGCAAAUCUUAAAUAUAUGACGGACUACCAUGAUUUAUUUGACACCGAAGCUUUCCUGGAUACGUUUUGGAAAGUUCCUAUUGAGUGGAAUGAGCACAAAAGUGAAAUUCCGUUCUUGUUAAAAGAGCAUCAUAAAUUCUGGUCAGAUUUUGAAGCUAACAGCUACACAAACGAAUGUUUGAGUGUUUUAGAGUUCGGCGGGGGACCUGCCAUGGCAAAUCUUAUCAGUGCGGCAAAAGUUGCAAAGUAUAUCACGUUUGCCGAUUAUACUGAAUCAAAUAGAAAUGCUGUGAAUUCCUGGAUAAAUGACGAGCCCCAGGCGCACGAUUGGUCAUCAAUGAUUGCCUAUGUUUUAAAUCAUUUGGAGGCUAAUUUCAACGAGAAAGCUGUCUUGGUUCGCACUCAGGAGAUGCGUAGCAAAACACAACCCGCUGUUCCGUGCGAUAUCACAAAAUAUCCCAUAGUAAGCGGGUUACCAUAUGAUGCUGUUUCAACAAGUUUUUGCAUCGAGGAAUGCAGUUCUUCAAUCCAGGACUACCAAGCCAACAUUGUGAAACUUUGUGAAGUUCUCAAACCUCAAGGCUAUCUCCAUAUGGCAGGAAAUUUAAACGAGAGUUUCUACGUUGUUGGAAAGCAUACGUUUCGUGUUUUGCCUUUGGAAGAGAACAUUGUAUUGGAGGCGAUAAAAAACGCGGGGAUGGUCGUGACGAAUUAUGAAGUUAAAGAACUGCAAGGAAGCUUGGAUGCGUCAAACCGCAGAGCUGUGUUCUCUGUCAGUGCAAGAAAAAAAUGA